AUGGUUGAAACAGGGAACUACAUGCCCACACCCAAUACAGGCCCCCUCAGAUCAGACCUAUGCCCCUCCUGCCCACACCAUGCCCCCCACUACCGCAAAGAGGGCCUCAACAUGAAAGCCCUCAUAUCCCACAUUGCCAUCAGGCCCUCAUAUCAGGCCCUCAUAUCCCACGUUGCCAUCAGGCCCUCAAAUCAGGCCCUCAUAUCCCACGUUGCCAUCAGGCCCUCAUAUCAGGCCCUCAUAUCCCACGUUGCCAUCAGGCCCUCAUAUCAGGCCCUCUUAUCCCACUUUGCCACAUGGCCCUCAUAUCAGGCCCUCAUAUCCCACGUUGCCAUCAGGCCCUCAUAUCAGGCACUCAUAUCCCACGUUGCCAUCAUGCCCUCAUAUCAGGCCCUCAUAUCCCACGUUGCCAUCAGGCCCUCAUAUCAGGCCCUCUUAUCCCACGUUGCCAUCAGGCCCUCAUAUCAGGCCCUCUUAUCCCAUCUUGCCAUCAGGCCCUCAUUUCCCAUGUUGCCAUCAGGCCCUCAUAUCAGGCCCUCAUAUCCCAUCUUGCCAUCAGGCCCUCAUAUCCCACGUUGCCAUCAGGGCCUCUUAUCCCACGUUGCCAUCAGGCCCUCAUAUCAGGCCCUCUUAUCCCACGUUGCCAUCAGGCCCUCAUAUCAGGCCCUCAUAUCCCACAUUGCCAUCAGGCCCUCAUAUCAGGCCCUCAUAUCCCACGUUGCCAUCAGGCCCUCAUAUCAGGCCCUCAUAUCCCACGUUGCCAUCAGGACCUCAUAUCAGGCCCUCAUAUCCCACAUUGCCAUCAGGCCCUCAUAUAAGGCCCUCAUAUCCCACGUUGCCAUCAGGCCCUCAUAUCAGGCCCUCAUAUCCCACGUUGCCAUCAGGCCCUCAUAUCAGGCCCUCUUAUCCCACGUUGCCAUCAGGCCCUCAUAUCAGGCCCUCAUAUCCCACGUUGCCAUCAGGCCCUCAUAUCAGGCCCUCAUAUCCCGCGUUGCCAUCAUGCCCUCAUAUCAGGCCCUCAUAUCCCACGUUGCCAUCAGGCCCUCAUAUCAGGCCCUCUUAUCCAACGUUGCCAUCAGGCCCUCAUAUCAGGCCCUCUUAUCCCACGUUGCCAUCAGGCCCUCAUAUCAGGCCCUCAUAUCCCACGUUGCCAUCAGGCCCUCAUAUCAGGCCCUCAUAUCCCACGUUGCCAUCAGGCCCUCAUAUCAGGCCCUCAUAUCCCACGUUGCCAUCAGGGCCAUCAUAUCAGGCCCUCAUAUCCCACGUUGCCAUCAGGCCUCAUAUCAGGCCCUCAUAUCCCACGUUGCCAUCAGGCCCUCAUAUCAGGCCCUCAUAUCCCACGUUGCCAUCAGGCCAUCAUAUCAGGCCCUCAUAUCCCACGUUGCCAUCAGGCCCUCAUAUCAGGCCCUCUUAUCCCACGUUGCCAUCAGGCCUCAUAUCAGGCCCUCAUAUCCCACGUUGCCAUCAGGCCCCUCAUAUCAGGCCCUCAUAUCCCACGUUGCCAUCAUGCCCUCAUAUCAGGCCCUCAUAUCCCACGUUGCCAUCAGGCCCUCAUAUCAGGCCCUCUUAUCCCACGUUGCCAUCAGGCCCUCAUAUCAGGCCCUCAUAUCCCACGUUGCCAUCAGGCCCUCAUAUCAGGCCCUCUUAUCCCACGUUGCCAUCAGGCCCUCAUAUCAGGCCCUCUUAUCCCAUCUUGCCAUCAGGCCCUCAUUUCCCAUGUUGCCAUCAGGCCCUCAUAUCAGGCCCUCAUAUCCCAUCUUGCCAUCAGGCCCUCAUAUCCCACGUUGCCAUCAGGGCCUCUUAUCCCACGUUGCCAUCAGGCCAUCAUAUCAGGCCCUCUUAGCCCACGUUGCCAUCAGGCCCUCAUAUCAGGCCUUCAUAUCCCACGUUGCCAUCAGGCCCUCAUAUCAGGCCCUCAUAUCUCACGUUGCCAUCAGGCCCUCAUAUCAGGCCCUCAUAUCCCACGUUGCCAUCAGGCCAUCAUAUCAGGCCCUCAUAUCCCACGUUGCCAUCAGGCCCUCAUAUCAGGCCCUCAUAUCCCACGUUGCCAUCAGGCCAUCAUAUCAGGCCCUCAUAUCCCACGUUGCCAUCAGGCCCUCAUAUCAGGCCCUCAUAUCCCACGUUGCCAUCAGGCCCUCAUAUCAGGCCCUCAUAUCCCACGUUGCCAUCAGGCCCUCAUAUCAGGCCCUCAUAUUCCACGUUGCCAUCAGGCCCUCAUAUCAGGCCCUCAUAUUCCACGUUGCCAUCAGGCCUGCUAAACAGAGCCAGUCAGAGAAGCAUUUUCAUCAGCCCAUUAAUAAUGACUUCCCAGUACUUUACAUUCACUCUGAUUAA